AUGACCCAUCAGAAAGGAGUGAACGUGAUGGAUGUCAAAGUGAAUGACACACAGGAGUUCGUUCGGGUGAGACUGCAGCAGGAAGGUAGCCUGGAAGACAUGUGGCAGGUCAGGAGCAGCUGUGAAUCGGGUCAAAUUGUGGCUCUGAAAUGCUCAGAAUGCGGGCUGCGCCCUGGUGCCGGGCGGGUGGUUGGGGGGAUGGACGUGCCCCUGGGGUGCUGGCCCUGGCAGGUCAGUGUGUACCAUGGCUCCCAGCACCACUGCGGAGGUUCUGUGCUGGCACGUGAAUGGAUCAUCACGGCAGCUCACUGCGUGCACAGUUACAGGUGGCUUCCAGCCUCUGCCUGGCUGGUUUUCGCAGGCGUUAUCACCCAUGGCUCAAUCAAGCAUGAGGCCGGGGUAUCGGUAAAGAAAAUAAUUCACCACCCGCUUUAUAAUGACAGUAGCCUCGACUACGACAUUGCCCUGAUGAAGCUCCAAGUCCCCCUGAAUUUCUCAGAUGCCAUCCGUGCUGUGUGUCUGCCACCCUCCCACUGGGACCUCUUCCAGGGCACGCAGUGUUGGGUCUCUGGCUGGGGCUAUACCAGACCAGAGCAAGCACAGGUUACUGAGACACUGAAGGAAGCACUCGUUCCCUUAAUCAGUACCAAGAGAUGCAAUAGUUCGUGCAUGUACGGAGGCAAGCUCACUGCCAGGAUGCUGUGUGCCGGCUACCUGCGUGGGAAAAUAGAUGCAUGCCAGGGUGACAGUGGGGGACCCCUGGUUUGUCAGGAUGAAUUCAUGUGGCGCUUAGUAGGCAUCGUGAGCUGGGGCCAGGGCUGCGCUGAACCCAACCACCCUGGGGUUUAUACCAAUGUGGCUCAGCUUCUGCCAUGGAUUUAUCACAUCACUGAGAUCUACUAG